UCUUGUGAGCGUCGCACAAAUUAUACGUCACGCUGAAGCCCUAAUAUCAAUCCUUUCCAUUUUGUUUUGGCAGUAUUAUCAAAAACAAGUAACUCAAUGUUAUGUAUUUAUAGUUGCUUAGUGUUUGCCGCGUCUUAGGGCAGAGGUUAAGAUUUUUUUGUACAUUAAGUUUUUUUUUGUUUAUUUUAUUUUUUAUUUUUUUGCUUUCUGUAAAACAGUGGGUGUUUGCCCUAGCACGUGCGCAGGAAGGGAAUGGAAGAUUUGCCUGCAGAUUUAAGAGAUUUUCUCCAAAAUCAACCUUUCCUCCAGCUCACUGCAGCCAAAAAGAUCAAGUGCACGUUAAACGGCCAUGAGUUUCCAUGCAACCUCGAGGAGCUGCAGAACUUUGUAUCUGGGAAGAAAUUCAAGAAACUUUGUGCUGGAGAGGAAUUUAACUACAGCCAGUAUGAACCUCACCUGGUCCCGAGCACAAAACAGCCAAAUCACCUUUUCUGCAAGCUGACCCUGAGACACAUCAACCGCGUGCCUCAUCACAUCCUCCGGCACGUCGGUGGAAAACGUUACAAGAAAGCUCUAGCACAAUAUGAGGAAUGCAUAAAACAAGGUGUGAAGUUUGUUCCGAUCAGACUCAGGCAUAAAAAGCAAGCCCGAGACACAGAGGAGGGCAUGGAGAGUGCUGGUGAAGGAAGGAGCAAGCACAACCAGAAAGAGAAACAGAAACAGGACAGUGGCAUUUGGGCCCCGAGCUCCAGCGAGGGAGAAGGAAGUGACUCUGAGGACAGCAUGUCAGAUCUUUAUCCAUCCACUCUGUUCACGCUGAAGAAGUCAGAAGGACACGAAGUUAAGGAGGAAGACGACAAUGAAUUCCAGACAGAUGAAGAAGAUAUGGAGGUUUCUGAAACAGAAGAAAAACAAGCAGCGCAGAAACGCAAAAAGGUCCAGCCUGCUGAAUUUAACAAGAAAUUUAAGAAAAACAGAAAAAGAAAAGGUUUUAAGCACAUCAAUAAAGUUAAGAAUGGAAAAUAAUACAUCAUGUUUUCAAUAAAUCUUUGUCUUUC